AUGAGCUAUCGGAAGCUCAGCACGAUUUGCGAUAUGAACAGAAUCCUCAUUAUUGGCGCUGGCGAGUUGGGAACUCAGGUGCUUCGGUCUUUGAUUCAACAUCCGCUUGGCCAGAAUGCCACCGUGUCUGUCUUAUUACGAUCCGGAACUAUCGAUUCAACCGAUCCACUUAAGCAGAGAGAUGUCCAAUCGUUGCGAGAAAUGGGGGUAAAUUUGGUUCCCGGAGACAUCGUGCAUGACCAAGAAUCAGCUCUCAUCUCAAUCUUCGCCGGAUAUGACACCAUUAUCGGCUGCACAGGCUUCGUUUCUGGGAAAGGCACCCAAGUGAAGGUGACCUUUGCUGUUCUUGCAGCGAAGAGUGCCCGAUAUAUUCCCUGGCAGUUUGGGGUCGACUAUGAUAUUAUCGGGCGCGGUUCGGCCCAAGACCUCUUUGAUGAACAACUGGACGUUCGGGACAUUCUCCGCUCCCAGGAGACGACCAGAUGGGCCAUAAUCUCGACUGGAAUGUUCACGAGCUUUUUGUUCGCGCCAUCUUUCGGGGUGGUGGAUAUCGACAAUGCCACUGUCUGUGCCUUGGGAAGCUGGGAGAAUCGAGUCACCAUCACCACGCCCGAGGACAUCGGGAAGUUCACCGCUGAAAUUGUGCUUGGAAAAGACUCCGAUACUCUCAUUUCUAACCAAGUCAUUCUUGUUGGUGGCGACACGAUCACCUAUGGGGAGUUAGCACAGUUGGUGGAAAGACUGGCACAAAAGCCGUUCCAGAAAAGGGUUCUUAUGGUAACAGCUGCCCAAGCUGCCCUUGGUCAGGAUCCAAACAAUGGAAUAUUGAAAUACCAACUUGUUUUUGGUCAAGGACGUGGUGUCGCAUGGGAUUUGGGAGAGACAUGGAAUUUCAAGCAGAACAUCACCGCACAAACAGCGGAGGAAUGGGCCAAAGAGAAUCUUGUGUAG